AUGGCGGCAGUGCGCGUUCUUAAAACUGUUAUAAAACGUCGGUUUUCGUCCGCUUUGUACAUCACGGGCGAUAAAGCGCAAAGUAAUUACGUUGUUUUGACUCCGCAUAUUGAUUUCGAUGAACAGAUCAAACGCAAAGACGAUUUAGUGAAGAGUAUCAAGGCCCGGAAAUUAAAUAUCGAUUUGGACAAAAUUGAGAAGCGGUGGGCGUUUUUUAAAAUGCUUGACGACCACAAGACCGUUCUUGAGGUUACUAGGAACGAAAUUAACGUUGUUAUCGGCAAGUUGAAGCAGGAGCCCCAGAAAAAUGCGGCGGAUAUUGAAAAGUUGCAACUGCACGUGAAGCUAGUCAAAGACGAUUUAAAAAACAUCAAGGAUUACUCGUACGGGAUUGACGAGAACGCGAAUUUGGGGGUGCUGAGUUUGCCCAACCUUUUGCAUCCUCAAACACCAAUCAACAACACGGUGACCUGCCACGAGUUUUUAGACCAACCAAAACGCGUCGAUAAAAGUCACGUGGAUGUUGCAAAAUCGCUGAAUUUAAUUGUGUAUGUGAACCCCACUUGUUGUUUCUUGAAAUCAGACGCCGCGCUUUUAGAAUUCUCACUGACAAACUACUUUCAAGAGAACUUGUUAAAAAUGGGGUUCACUCAAUUUUCUAAUGCGGAUUUUGCACGAAGUGUUGUAGUGGACGGUUGUGGGGAUAGAAAAAUUUUUACUCUUGAGGGAUCAAAUGAUGAGUUGAAUCGUCUACAUUUGGUUGGAGGGGGCUCCUUGCAUUCGUUUAUGGCCUAUUUUGCUAAACACUCGCUACAAGCGGCUGCGCUUCCGCUGAAAUUUUUUUCAUUAGGUCGGAAGUACGUCUCGGGAGAUACGGGAUCAGAUUUGUUUAACUUGAGUCAAAAUAGCGUGGCGCGAGUUUUUGUCGCUUUUGAAGAUGACCGUCAAAUGGACGAAACGUUGCACGCUCUAACGCAACAAAUCAUUCAGUUGUAUGAACCUUUAGGUUACCAUUUUAAGUUAGUUUAUGUUCCAGCUAGUGAUUUAGAGAAAGGGGAAAGUUUGAGGGUUUCUGUUCAAAUGUUGUCAAAUUUUUUGCAAAAAUAUGUCGAAGUUGGAAGUUUGGGGGUUUACGACGACUAUUUAAGUAAACGCUUGUUGUUCACUUGUAUGGUCAACAAGGAGCGAAGAUUUCUUAAAAUCAUAUCAGGAGAAGUGUUGAAUGUUCAGCGAUUCCUAGCUUGUGCUAUAGAAAACAACUGUCUUUUGGAAAAACCUCUAAUACCUGACGUUUUAAAAAAAUAUCUGUAAUAAAACUUUGACAAAAAAUUGUGUUUUAAUAA